GGCGGGGCUCUGUUUAAAAUUCCUCACCUUGGCUUCGGUUUUUUGGUGGUGGUGGUUUUUUAAAACCGGACGGUGGUUCUGAAGCGGUUCAACGGCUCUUGCACCUGCCCUCUCGCCCUAUAAAUAGAGAAGGCGUGUUGGGCUGCUCUUUUCCUCAAGGCGAAAUAGUGGUGGGGUGGGGAUGGGGGCUCUGAACGGUUUUCUCGUCCCCACCUUUUUUUUUUAAAGGAAUAAGGAUCUGUAGGUGGGUUGUGAGAACGGAACACGGCCAUGGUGUCAUUAAGCCCAAGGCAGGAUAUUAGCAGGGGCGGUUGUUAAAUAUGCACAACGGCGGGAAGGCUGGACUCCCUGGUGGGAUUCUGCAGGGCAGGCUAGUAACCCACUUGGUUAUGAUCUACUCUUGACUUUGACGACAUCAUGGCCAUGGUGGGAUUUGGGUUUAAGCCCUGUCAAAGUUACAGCAGCCAUAUAGCUUCUUCUCCCUGCCUCCAAACGGAUAGAGAAACUGUUAAGUAUUGAGGACCAAUAUAGGAAUUAGAGGCUGGCUGAGUGUUGACGUACGUAAAGUGUAUGUAGGUGGCAUAAAUUGCACAUGCAUUAUUUCUGAAGUGUAUUGACUUUGCUAUAUUUGACAGCACAUCCUUCCAUUUUAGCCCUCGGUGCUACUUGACACGUGUUGUGUAAAUUGCUCCUGCCAGGCUUCCAGUUGAAAAUUAUAGUGUGUAAGCCCCCUCAGGGUACGGACCUGGUUUGCUGUUCUUUGUAAAGUACAGUAUCCUGUCUGUUUGGUUAGAGCAAUUGCAUCCCCACUUCAACCAAAAGUGGUUCCCAGAGUGGCUUGCAUACAAUGAAUUAAAACAAGACGGUCCCUGCCUGGAGGCUUACAGUCAAACAACAAAUCAGCACACAAGGGACAGAGAUGGAAAAGAGAAAGCAAACUCAGGCACCAAUUUAAACAGUAGUUCCUAUAGUGACUAGCUAGUAUUGAAACAGAUUGCUUGGCAUCAGAGAUGUCUGAUAGGGUUGGUCUUUCAGCAGAGCUGAUGGGAUGAGCCCUACUUCCACCUCUCCUUCUGAGAUAGCCUGAUGGAAACUCUGCUGCCAGGUGACAGUUGAUGGCAUUGUAUAAAUAUAAUACUGUGGUGAUAAAAUUAUAAAGUUAUAAACAAAGAUCAGGAUUGGAGGACUGUGAUAUAUAUAGCCAGCUGGUAUGAGAUGAGUAAACUGAAGUGGAUUGGGUUUGAAAUGGAGGUUAAAAUUUGGUUGGAGACUACUAUAAAGUCUCUCCCCUUCUUUUCUAAAGACAAAACUGAAUGCAAAAGUAGCACUGGAGUAAAUUAAUCUCUUCAUUGUGGCUAUCACUACUGCUUUUCAAAUACUAGGGUUUUUUCCUGAGCUAUAGGGGCUUGUCUCUACUUCUGCCUGUCUCACUGCUUUCUGCAUAUUAAUGUUUGUUCCAAUUCAGCAGUAAACAGUCAAUUUUCCCCAGGGAAAGCAGUGGGGCAAACAGAAAACUGUACAUAGUCUUAAAGUCAGCAACCUGUCUUCUGCCUUGGGUUCCAUUAUGCUAGAAAGGCGGGAUAUAAAUUAAUAAAAUAAUUGAUUUAAAGCAUCUGGCUGUGUUUUCUUGAUUAAAGUAUUGAUUAAAACUAGGUACUGUACAGUACAUAAGAGUAAGUUGUGGUCUUUUAUUGUAUUUAGUUAAAUAAGGUACUGAAAUUUGCAUACUUCCCUUCCCAAAAGCAGCUUUCAGUCACCACACAUUAGAACCCCUGGAACUGGGAGAUGAUCCCAUAUGACUUGCCCUAGCUGUGACUAUAUUCAACCAUGGUUUACCAUUAUGUGAACAAGAUAGCUAAUUAUAUUCUGCCAUGUUUUCCACACCAACAAAAUGUGGUUAGCAAUAAUUGUGGUUAGUUUUAAACAAACUAACUUUAAACUGUGGUUUUUGCAACUGUCCUUUUAAAACCACAGCUCUGAGCAAGAUGGCAAACUAUGCUGAAUUAGAAGUGACUACACAGGAGGAAAGGCUUGAGCCAAAGGCUAGGCGUGGCUUGUCAUUUAUGCUAAACUGUGAUUUGAUGUAAUGUUUGAACAUAGCUACUGUGCCCAUCUCAAGUUUAUUUUUGCAUAAGGUACUGUUCAAGCAUGAUGAUCCUAGGCCAACAUAUGUAAGUAGGAAAUGGGGGCUUUGCACUCUGAAGUCAUAUGCACCUGACAUAAGCCCAUCUCAGUGUUGUAGAGCCAGUGUGGUGUAGUGGUUAAGAGCAGUAGACUCCUAAUCUGGGGAACCGGGUUCGCGUCUCUGCUCCUCCACAUGCAGCUGCUGGGUGACCUUGGGCUAGUCACACUUCUCUGAAGUCUCUCAGCCCCACCUACCUCAUAGGCUGUCUGUUGUUGGGGGAGGAAGGGAAAGGAGAAUGUUAGCCGCUUUGAGACUCCUUUGGGUAGUGAUAAAGCGGGAUAUCAAAUCCAAACUCCUCUUCUUCUUCUUCUUCUUCUUCUUCUGAGCCCAAAACUUGUGAAGAGCUUUUAUUCAUGAUGCACUUAAUUAUAGGCAAAAUAGAUACAAAGGCUUAGCUUUGGAUUAGCCCAGAUCAUACAUACCCAGGAAUCAGACCCCUUUGAGUUGCUUUAGUGUUGUGCCUAGCCCAACAUUCUAUAUUUGCUUGAAAUGUGUAGUGUGAAUGUUGGGGUAUAUUGAUUGGAGUCCAUGUCUUGUUUCAGGGUGAGGAUCUCUCACUCCCUUAUGCAUCUGUAUUUUCCAGAGAAAUAAUAUAAUUAGUGUCUGAGCAUUACACUUCAGAUCACUUUCACACAGAUCAUGGUUUGGGCAGAUGCUGACAUGUGUACUCUCUCUUGGUCUCUGAAUGGUGACAUGCAGUCAGUCAGGUGUUGUGAAGUGAGGCACUGGGUAAAGCUAUGGUAAGGCUACAAAGCUGCUGCCGUGUUUUAUUCCCAAAGUGUCUCUGAGCCCUGCUAUGAUGGGGCCCAGAGAUAUUCUGAGGAAAUGAGGAUGGCAGUAGCUGUUGUGAAUGUUUUGCCCUGCACUUCUCUUCUCAGUGGUGGACUGAGUUCCACCACCUGCCCCUAUUGCUGCUUGUCCAGCCUGGUAAGUUAAUUCUGUCAGUGGGGAAAGCAGCACUGAACAGCAUUGGACCACUGCAGAGAUGAUGGUGGAGCUUAACCUGGCACUGAGAAGAAAAGCACUGGGCAAAGCAUCUACAGUCAUACCUGUUACUUACGGGUUUGGCGUGUCUGUAACCUGCACACAUGCGCAGAAGCGUCACAUUGCGUCACGCGUGUGCAGAUGCGGCGCUUCAGGAUGCGGCCUUUUCAUGUGAACGGGCCUCUGGAACGGAUCCCGUUCGCAACAAGAGGUACCACUGUACACUGUCUUCAUUUUUCAGGGAUCACUGAGCAUCUUACUCAGUGCCCCUUCCAACUUGGCACCAGCCCUGCCUACAAGAAAAUGAAGUUUAAAACUAAACACAAUUUUAAGACUUCUUGCAAAGAAUAAUUUUCCAGUGUCAUGCAUAUGAUUUGUAGUGGCUCAUAGAUUAUUUCGGGAUCACAGUUAUGCACAUUUCAGGCUUCUGUUGAAUAAAGAACCAUAAAAUGAUGCAAUACCAGUCUUAUGUGUAAGGAAGUUCUGCUGUAACAUAAAAUGUUUCUCUUUUAAGGCUUGAAUUACAAUGAGCAAACGUAAGCUAAAGGAGGAGGAUAGCUUCACAAAUGGGGAAUGCAUAUCAAAGGUACAACGAAUAUUGCGUGAAAGGUUCUGUCACCAGAGUCAAAAUGGGAAGUUGUUUGGAAUUGAGCUCCAAUACAAACAAUUACUUGAGCUUCUGAAACGUACUGCUAUCAAUGGCGAAAGCAACUCUGUACUCAUUAUUGGACCUCGGGGAUCAGGGAAGACUCUGUUAACAUGUCAUGUCUUAAAGAAGCUCAUGGAAGUAAAGGAAGUAAGAGAAAACAUCUUACAAGUUCAUUUAAAUGGGUUAUUACAGACCAAUGAUAAAAUUGCUCUUAAGGAGAUUACAAGACAGCUAAAUCUAGAAAACGUGGUUGGAGAUAAAGUUUUUGGUAGUUUUGCAGAAAACCUCACAUUUCUUCUUGAAGCAUUAAAGAGAGGUGACCGUGCUCACAGUUGCCCGGUGCUGUUCAUCCUAGAUGAGUUUGAUCUGUUUGUUCAUCAUAAGAACCAGACGUUGCUGUAUAACCUCUUUGAUGUGUCCCAGUCAGCACAGACACCUAUAGCUGUUGUUGGUCUGACUUGUAGACUGGACAUUCUAGAACUCAUGGAGAAGAGAGUGAAGUCAAGAUUUUCACACCGGCAAAUAUACUUAAUGAAUUCAUUUGAUUUUAAAAAAUAUCUGAAUAUUUGUAAAGAACAGUUAUCCCUGCGUGCAGAAUUUCCAGAAAAGUCCUUUAUUCAGAAAUGGAAUAAGAAUGUACAGAAGACCAAAAGGUACAAGAUGUACUGCAGAAUCAAUUCCAUUGUAGUAAAGAUCUGCGGUCUCUCUUCAUGUUGUUGGAAUUCUUCUCCAUUUCUUCCCUACCUUCAAAAGGAGCAAAUGUGGCAUUCCUCUCUCCAAACGAAACCCCUGCCCCAAGACCCACCACUUUGUUUUCCUCAGAUGCUUGCUUCAAGUAGUAUAACUGUCUCACACCCGUAUAUCAACGCGUCAAACCUUCUUGAAGCAGGCAAACACUGCAGAAUGGACUCUAAAGCAAAUAUUGUACAUGGUCUGUCUGUGUUGGAACUCUGCCUCAUAAUAGCCAUGAAACAUUUAAAUGAUACUUAUGAAGGAGAACCAUUUAAUUUUCAGAUGGUUUAUAAUGAGUACCAGAGGUUUCUACAGAGGAAAGCACACACAGUGUACAGUUUUGAGAAACCUGUUGUUAUGAAGGCUUACGAACACUUGCUGCAUCUUGAAUUGAUAAAACCUGUAGAAGGACCAUCUAUGUGCACACAAAGAGAAUACUUGCUAAUGAAUCUUCUUUUGGACAACCACCAAAUUAUGGAAGCUCUGCAGGUUUACCCAAAUUGCCCAACUGAUGUAAAGGAAUGGGCUACAUCUUCAGUAAAUUGAUUGUAGAUUUGAGAUAUUUGAUAAGAUUCUGGAGUGUGGUACUUGGUUACAAAUAAUCCAGAUGAAAAAUCAGUGUUAUCUACUGAAAGAUGACCUUUAAAAAUGUUCUUCAACUGCCCAAUGUACUUGAUUAAAAAGUGUGUCCCUCUUUUCUUUGGUUUAUUUGUUAGUAUUUCCAAAGAAGGGGAUUUUGAUCUGCAACAGAAAUCCCAUUUUCUGGGUGAUACCCAAAUUGGAGUGAAUUCAUUCACUUGAGCACGACUUAGUCUAUUGCAGUGGAUCUACUCUGUAUAUGACUAGCAUUUACAUUUUUCUUUUGGUUGUUGUCUAACAAGUGUAUAAAGGGAAAUGUUGCUAUUUUAUUACAGCUGGGGAAAAUAUUCUGUUUGCGUCAGUCUCUCUUCUGGUAGUUUACCAGUUGUGCUUAGUUAAACUCUUAUACUGAAAUUUUUCUUACUUCUUUAGGAGGUUGAUGGCAAAUUAUUUUGGAUGCUGUAAUAGUUAAUACAGAGAAGACAGUUCUAUGAAAGUCCUGAUUGAAAUUGUAGUAGGACAACUGGCUGGCUUUGCUUUUCCUUCAAGUGUAGGUAUUUUCCAUCUAACCACCUAGCAGUAUUGGAGACUAUAAUUAGCAAAAAAAAAUCAAUGUAAAUACGUAUAUGUGGAUAUAUAUGUGAACCUAUGGGGCAAUUUAAAUUGGAAGUUUAGAAUGGGGCAGUAAUGGAGUGUGGAGCUUCGGUCUUCAUGGAAGGCAGCUCCUAACCUGCACUACUCAGAGCAAGAGAAGUCAGCUUUAAUAAUAGUCUUGAAUAUCCCCACAAACCAACUGCUUUCCUAAUGCCAAAGAAGCCUUGUUUCAAAGCCUUUGGGCUACACUGUUGCAUAGCUAAAUGGUGGCUGUUAGCAGUUGUAGUUCAGCAACACACCUGUAUAUCACCUUUGUCUAAUGGCUGUGUCCACAGGACCCAAGGUUCCUCAUUCCAGCUGUACAGGGUCAAUUGCUCAUGUGGUUUUUUCAUAAAAGUUUGGGGAGUGUUUCUAGCUCCUGGUUUGGAGGUUACUUCUCCAGUGGGGGUCCUCUAGAUGAUGAUGUACUCUUAACAUCCCCAAGCAGAAUUGCCAGGAAUGAUAGUAGUUGUGUAGUUCAACAGCACUUGGGGGAAUCGGGCUGGAGAAGGCUGCCCGCUUUAGUAUGAGGAAACACUGUGCUGUGCUGCGGCUGUAAAAUGUUUUUUUUUUUAAAUAAUACUGCUUCUUAGCCUUCCCUUCCCUCAAACCCAGCUGUCUACCUUUUGUUCUCUUUCCCCUAUCGCUUCUCAUCUGAUGUAGGACCUCUCUGUAGUCUUUACUGCUAUAUUAAACUGGUUCCUUAUAAAAAAAUUCCCUUUAAUUCCUAGAAGUUUCAAGAGCAGCAGAUAACUCAUGAUUCCUUGGAGCUAGUUUUUAGUGUUGGAUCUAUAUUAUUAAAGCAGCUACUGGGCAUUGGUAUGUUUGUGCAAAUUUAACUUUGUUGCCUUGUUAGUACUUAUUUCGAAACUACCUCAUGUCUCUUUGCCAUAUAUGCAUGCUCUAUUUUCUUUUGUUGCUGCUUUUAAAAUUCUGAAAUAGCUACACACCUGUAUAUAAAUCUUAAACUUGAAAGGAGAGUGAAUAAUGGGUGGAGGAGAGAAAACUGUAUUUGUGUUUUCAACUCUUUGAUUGGAUGCAAUACGUUAUCAGUGCACCUUUUUGCACAUUGUCAUGGUAAACGAUAAACUGCUGUUAAAUAAUGUAUGGCAUUUACCUAUUUUCCUUAUGAGACAGGGCCAGAGCACGCACACAAUAGUGACUUCAGAAAUGAGGAAAUGUCAUUCUCAGUUGACUGUAUUUUAUCAGGCUAUUGUAAAACUGUUUGUAGUUAUUUGGCUUAUUCAGCAGUACAAAACCUUGAUGAAAACUAGUUGUAUAAGUAGAUUUAAAAUUGUGGCCCAUUAUGCACCAGAAAGAACUGUCUUGUGUCAGUAAUAUUUAUGGCUGUGGGUUAAACCACAGAGCCUAGGGCUUGCUGAUCAGAAGGUCAGCGGUUCGAAUCCCUGCGACGGGGUGAGCUCCCGUUGCUCGGUCCCAGCUCCUGCCAACCUACGGUAGCAGUUCGAAAACAUGUCAAAGUGCAAGUAGAUAAACAGGUACUGCCACAGUGGGAAGGUAAACAACGUUUCUGUGUGCUGUUCUGGUUCGCCAGAAGCGGCUUUGUCAUGCUGGCCACAUGACCUGGAAGCUGUACGCCGGCUCCCUUGGCCAAUAAUGCGAGACGAGAGCCGCAACCCCAGUAGGUCACGACUGGACCUAAUGGUCAGGGGUCCCUUUACCUUUAUUACCAGUAGAAGGAACCCGUGUGUGUGUGUGUACGUGUACACACACACACACCUGCAAGUGCCCCAAAUGACUAUGUAAGAAAAAAACUCCCCAUGCUAGGAUUACUAUGACAGCAGCAGCAGAUACAAUUUAAGAUCGCAGAUCUCUGCAGGUCUGUGUGAUGCGCUUCCCUGCAGUCCAUUACCAAAGUCCUCCUUCCCAGUUGUAAUCUGGUAGAAGUAGUAAGCCUGGGUGAAGGGAAAGUAUCAUGGAGAGAGCUUCACCUUUGGGAAGAAGCAUGUAUGAAUAUCUGCUGCCACUUUAAUUUGCAGUCCCAGUUGUGUUAGAUGUGUUAGUGUCUUACACACACUCGGAAGACGGGGUUGCCACCAUAGUUCACAGUGCAGAAUCAGACGAUACUGUAUAGGGUUUUUGGGGUGUGUGUGUGUGUGUGUUUUCAGUCAAGCCUGCUAUGCAAACAGUCAGGUAUUCAUUCACACAAGAGCAGUUGAAGAGAGUAUGGAGCAGCUUUUGCUAUCCCUUCUUUAACACUGGUAUUGCUUUGGUAGUUAAGUACUGUAUCAGACUUUCUCUUCUUCCCUCAGCUCACUUGAGCUGCAACAAAAGAGCAGACAAGAUUUCUUUAUUGGUUAUUUGUUUACUAAUAUCAGGCAAAUGUAACAGCUUAUAGAGGGAGAGUUCAGUAGCUCUUGGUCCAUUUGUUGUAUCCAGACAAUCUGUAAUCACAGGAGUGAAAGGAAGUGUAGUUGCAUCAACAGCCAGAAUUCAUAUUGGUAGACAAAUUCUGAAUGAGCCUUCAGUUUUUCUCACUUGGUAAGAAGUAGGGUUUAUGUAAAUACACUGUUCUUCAAAUUUAGGAGCCCUGUUUGCACAAACACAAGGUUCCAAAAGCCAUUGUACAGCCGUUUUGUUAGUUCAGGCCCUCGCUCCAAUAUAUGGAAAGUGGCAGGGAUGAGAACUGAGUGCAGUUGUGCUCUCCCCCUCUCAUACCCUUGCAAUUGUAUGAGGGUGAAUACCAAAAUAGUGCCAUGACAACAUCCAGAAAGGCUUCACACACUAAUUUAAAACAUGUAUAGAAAGACAGUGUCUUUUUAUUCUAAUCUUGAACACAACUGUUUACACUGGUGGUGGUGGGAGAAAUCCAGUUGCAGUUGUCAGCUUAGCAAGGGCUGUUUAAGGAUGUAUAAAGUAGUUCGGAUCAUCCCUUUUUUCAACUACUUUUGAAUGACAGAGCAAGAGAGUAUAAACAAACUGGCCAAUAUACAUAUAUGUUGCUACCGAAUUCUGCAGUGGUCUUCUGCUUGCACAACAGGACUUCCCUUCUAGACACCCCCCUCCCAUCAGUUCCAGAAAGCUGGGGACACUCUGGAAUAAAUAUUGCAGAGAAAGCAGAAGUCUUGGGAACGUGUAAUAUGUUGAAAGCCAUCCAGCAUACAUAAAUUCAAAGAAUUAAAAUUAAAAUGGGGUGGGGGAGAAAGACUAUGCCAAUCUUAGUAGUCACUUAAAUUUUUAUUCAUCUUUGUGGGAAUAAGGAAAGAGCGCAUACAUUUUAUUUAUACAAUAUUUCACAAUCACUUAUCCAGAAUGGGAGUUAUUUUCUUUUUAAAUACUUGCCAAAAAAUAGCAAGAGCAAUUUGACAGUAGUACAACCACCUGUGCCAAGAACACUGACAAGUACAGAGUAAAGCUAAAAUACUUGCUUACCAAUAUCUUGAGAGGUAACAUCUUAUAUGGACUGAGUGUGCAUUUAAAAAAAACCAAAAUGUACUGCUGGUUGAGUAUCUUGAGGUAAAUGGUGUUCCAACAAGGAUACUAUCAUUGUUUGCUCAUAAUCCUGUACAUAGCUUUCUGCAUCUUAUACCAAAUAUUCCUAAUAAAAAUGCAUUAAAAAGGUUAAAAAGAGAAAACUGGAAAAAGGUCAACCAAUCAAGUCACCUCACUUUGUUAAACUACAAUCAGCAAUUUAUUCUGUAGAACUGUAGUAUGAACAAUAUUUAUUACUACUACAUCUGAUUACACCUUAGUUAUGCAAGAGCUACUCCACAUGGAUUUUGCUAUCAAAGAAGGUAUAAUGUUGUGUAUUUUAAUCCAGACUCAUUUUCAGAAUACCACCAUGAAUGAGAACGCUAGGUCAAAGAACUCCAACAAUUACGAGGCACAAUCUGUUCCAAAAUGCUAAGUUAUAUUUAGUAGGAACUGUACAAAGAGUAGUCAUGCAUCAUGUGAUAUAAGUUCUUAGCAUCUAACACAAACUGAAAAGGUAUUGCAGGGUUUAGACUUCUGAGUUGAUCACAAAACUGGCUAAUCAGUUAAAUUCUGUGGCAAUUAUAUGGCAGCCAACUAAGUAGAUACAGGCAAACCAAAGACAACUGAAAGCUUGAGCCGUAGCCCUAGCUUUUCUUCACAAGUCAAAAAUACAAGGUAAACCACCCGAGCUGGCCAGAUCCACACACGCUGUAUGGUUCAAAUACAAAAAGCAACAAUGGUCACAAUAUCUGCCAGAAAGCAGAGCAUCCUAGCUCAGCCUUUCUCUCUCUCUUAAUAUGUGGCUUUAUUUGUGGGUCUUGGCUUAAGCAUUUUAAAACUUGCCCGCCUCUACAUUUUCCGCAUACGUAAGUUGGAAACAAAGAUGUUGAGGUUUUCUGCAAUAUCUUAAAUAUGGAUCUACAGUUUGGUGAAUUUUAGCAAUUUCACAGAUUCUACCAAAAUAGUUUUUAAAAAUUAAGAUAUUUUUUCCUGAACAAUUAAUUCAUGAUAAUUCUCUAAAAAAUCUGAAUAAAGGUACUUAUUGGGGGGUUUCAAAACUCAUUCUUUUUAAUAAUAAAAAAAGGAUGGAGACAUUACCCCAUUUGAUUGUCAAGUUCUGAUGAUUUUCCCUAUAUGACCUGCAAACGGAAAUGCAUUAGCAAAAAUACAUAAGAGAAAAGUUGCCACCUGGCUCAGGGAUCAUAUUGGUGGAAAUUAGUGUUUGAUGGAAAGCUGCUCUAUUAAAAAUUGGAGUAGAUUCUCCAAAACAAACAUGGCACCUGUGUUUUAAAACUGUUAUUGUAUUUACAUGUUUCUGGAUAAUCACCAAUACACAGUUCCUACAUUAUUCUAAUAUCUGUCCAUUUGGAUAUUUUCAGGCAAGACUUCUUGAGUUGUUAUAUCAAGCUCUAAAAUCAGAAGCAAGCACAUAAUUUACCUUAGUCCAAAUAACAAUAA